UGACAAUCAUUUUUGACAAUUACUGUAGCCAUAUCCAAAAGGAUUUGUUAUCAAAUUUUCUUGUGAUUACAUCAAUAACAUACGUGUACCUCUGGCUAAUAGUUGCGUCAUUUUAAUUAUCAUACUGUUAGUGGUUCCCACCGUUGUGUAUUCCAUAGAAGAUGGCGGAAAUAAGUGAAAAGUAUAACACGAAAUGUCCUGGUGUGAAACGUCUAAUGAGGGAGGCGAUGGAAUUGGCCGAGGCCACAGAAGAAUAUUGCGCGCGGCCCUUGGAGGACAACCUUUUCGAGUGGCAUUUCACCGUACAAGGCCCAAAAGGUACAGAUUUCGAGGGUGGUAUUUACCAUGGUAGGAUAUUGUUACCCAAAGAAUAUCCUAUGCACCCGCCUCACAUAAUACUGUUAACACCCAACGGAAGAUUUGAAGUAAAUAAGAAGAUUUGUUUAUCAAUUUCUGGACAUCAUCCAGAAACAUGGCAGCCUUCAUGGUCUAUAAGAACUGCCUUAUUGGCUUUGAUUGCAUUUAUGCCAACUCCAGCUGAAGGCACUAUUGGCUCACUUGACUACUCUCCAGCAGAACGUAAAAUACUUGCUAAGAAAUCCGUUAGUUGGGUCUGCUCCCAAUGUGGCGAGAUCUCGGCUUUGCUGUCAUCAACAGCAGCCAAACCAAUAACUGAUGAAGAAAAGUCAGUUUUGAACCAAAUAGCAUUUAAAGCAGAGGAAGAGCAGACUGCUAAGCCACCUGAAGAACCUGCACAUGAGCCGGAACCUCAAGUACUGGAGUCAUCCGAGCCCACCAACAGUUUCUUGGAUCAGCUGACAGAAGUGCUGGUAGCACUACUGGUGGGAGCUAUUGGAAUUUUUAUUUACAGGCGCUGGAAUGCACACUAUCCUACUUCUGAGACAGAGCUGUAACUUUGACAGAUUUUAUAUACUAGGGCCUAAGUAUAAUUUUGAAGUAUUCUCAAGUGAUGACAAGUGAUGCAUUGCAUCCUCUUCUUUUGUAAGAGAUCAUAUUAACAAAUUGUGGUGUUUACAUAAACAACUAUGUUUAUCAAAGUUUUAAUUUUAUGUACCUUUUACAUAUGAUUUGUCAAUUGUGCCUUAAGAUAAGGAUAUAAUACUUAUAAGGCAUCCAGACAUCUCGAAGAGAAAAUAAAAUUACAUCGCUCCUAUUGUUUUGUGAUUGCUCAUGGAUAAUCUUCUAGUUUACAUUGUUAUUUAUUAUUUGUUGAAUAUCAAGAACAUGAAUGAAAUUAAACAGCUAUUCAAUAGUUACAUAGUAACUGAAUAUGUUUUAAAUUUAUUGAUAUCACUCUUGCCAAAUAUUAUGAAAAAUGAUCUUUAGACCUUAUGAUCUCUUUGCAAUCAAUGUGGCCUACUUUUACACAUUGUGUCAAUAAUAAAUACAUAAUAUUAAGUCCAAAUAUGCUAUGUAUGUAAAGUUUAGUUUUACCAUUAACACACUAUGUAUAAUACCCGUUUAUACCUUAAUAUGUAUUACUGAGUAUUUAAACAAUGUUUCAUUAUAAUGAUCAAUGGCCUGCCUAAUUUUUCUGCAAAUAAUUCAAACAUCAUUAAAUGUAAAUGUUUAUGGUAUGAUCUAUCUUUAACUAUUUUUCACAAUUACUAAAUGUAAUAUAAGUUAUUGUUUUGUAAAUUAAUGAUGCACUUGUGGAUAGUAAAUAGUACACUAGUAUUGAGAACAGGCUUCAGUCCUGUACUGGUAACAUUCCAAGAGCUUAGCUGUCAUGUAUUACAAUAAUCUUUUGGAAUAUCAUUGUAUUAAUAAAUAAGUUUUUGUUAGUUAAAAUUAAUGUGUGAUAAAAUUCAUUUAUAUUUAAAUAUGUGUAAAUUAUAAUAGUUGUAACAUUGCUUUCAAAAAUUCUUUGUUGCAUUGUUAAACUAACAUAAACUUUGUAAAUUCACUACAUAA